CACGUAAUAGUUGAUAAUUACGCGAGUCAAAACAAUUUAUUAGGCCCGGCUCGGGUCAACUGGCGCUGUUGGUAGCCCUGGUGGGUUACUACGAGCGUGCGCGGUGGUGGUAACACUUCCUUUUCUCUAAACGAUUGACAAGAUGUCGUCGAAAAUCAUCAAAUCGGGGGGCGGCGACCCCGACCAAUUUGAGACUCAAGUGGCGCAAGCCUUGCUUGAACUUGAGAUGAACUCCGAUUUGAAGGCCCAACUCAGAGAGUUGCACAUAACGAAAGCGAAAGAGAUUGAACUCAACAACAAAAAGUCGGUCAUUAUUUACGUUCCCAUGCCCAAGCUGAAGCAAUUCCAGAAGAUCCAAACGCGGCUGGUGCGCGAAUUGGAGAAGAAGUUCAGCGGCAAACACGUUGUUUUCGUUGGGGAACGUAAAAUUUUGCCCAAACCCACUCGUAAAACGCGUACUAAGAAUAAGCAAAAGCGCCCAAGGUCGCGCACUUUGACGGCCGUUUACGACGCUAUUCUCGAGGAUCUUGUGUAUCCGGCUGAAAUCGUAGGUAAACGAAUUCGAGUCAGGCUUGAUGGGUCGCAGCUUAUUAAAGUCCAUCUCGACAAAAACCAACAAACUACUAUUGAACACAAAGUGGACACAUUCGCGUCCGUUUACAAGAAGUUGACAGGGAGGGAAGUCACUUUUGAGUUUCCGGAACCUUAUUUGUAAUAUGUGGACAGUUAUUUAAUAAAUAAUUGAAAAAAGAAA